CAACGGCUGCAGCCUUCCUAAAUCAGUCGGUGCCAUUUCCCGUCUUCCAGUUUGGCCCUGUCGUCUUGGCUGAGGACCACGGACUUCAUUUCCGCCACUACUCGAGACUUCCGGAACCCCCGGAAGUGGCCGGUUGCCAUGGCGACAGUGUACACAACCUGUCAGCCUCCCAUGGGGCGUCCAGGUCGCUUGCCCGGCUUCAGCCGUACAGCGACCCGUGGCACGCUCCGGCUUCGCGAGCGUAGUGACAGAAGAUGGACUCACCACCGGUGGAGAUGCCUCCACCCUCUGACUUCCAGCCAUGACCAUCACCACCACCAGUCAUCUUUUUUGGUGCACCUGCUCUGCCCGGGACACUGUUCUGGAUGUUGUGGGGGGAGUCAAACCAUUUAAAAGGCACAGACCUUGCCAACAAGCAGCUUGUCAUUUAAGUUGGGAGCUGAAACUCAUUCCAAUGAAGCGGCGUAAGAACAGUAACAAGCGGUAUUUCACUAGAAUGAGCACCAGGAAAAGAGUCCAUGCUUUCGUCAGAGUCAAACCUACUGAUGACUUUGCUCAUGAAAUGAUCAGCUACGGAGAGGACUACAAAAGCAUUGACAUUCAUUUAAAAAAAGACACCCGGAAAGGAGUUGUCAAUAACCAGCAGACAGACUGGUCGUUCAAGCUCGAUGGAGUUCUCCACGACGCCUCCCAGGACUUGGUUUAUGAGACAGUCGCCAAGGAUGUGGUUUCUCAAGCCCUGGAUGGCUAUAAUGGUGGAAACGAUGUGCUCGGUGCAGUUGUGGGCCUGGUUUUUAGGAUGAUUGAAGAGCGCCCCACACAUGCCAUUACUGUGCGCGUUUCCUACCUGGAAAUCUAUAAUGAGACCCUGUUUGACCUCCUGUCCACCCUGCCCUAUGUUGGACCCACAGACACUCCAAUGACCAUCGUGGAAAACCCGCAAGGGGUCAUCAUCAAGGGCUUGUCAGUUCACCGCACAAGUCAGGAGGAGGAUGCAUUCAGCCUCCUUUUUGAGGGGGAGACCAACAAGAUUAUAGCCUCUCACACAAUGAACAAAAACUCUUCCAGGUCACACUGCAUUUUCACCAUCUACGUGGAGGCCCAUUCUCGGACCUUAUCAGAUGAAAAGUACAUCACUUCCAAAAUUAACUUGGUGGACCUUGCAGGCUCAGAGAGGCUGGGCAAGUCUGGGUCUGAAGGCCGAGUGCUGAAGGAAGCCACCUACAUCAACAAGUCGCUGUCAUUCCUGGAGCAGGCCAUCAUCGCCCUCGGGGACCAGAGGAGGGACCACAUCCCCUUCCGGCAGUGCAAGCUCACCCAUGCUCUGAAGGACUCGCUAGGGUCUCGGCCCAAUUCUGAACAUAAAGAGAGGGGGUGGAGUGGGCGUAUCCUGAAGGAAUUUGCCAAGGUUUGGGAUGGCGGAGAGCUGACAAAUGUCCAUCUGAUCUGUUUUCAGCUAUCUUCUCUGCGCUUCGCCAGCAGGAUGAAACUGGUCACCACUGAGCCCUCCAUCAACGAGAAGUUUGACGCAGAGCGGAUGGUCAAGAACUUGGAGAAGGAGCUGGUGCUGCUCAAACAGGAGCUGGCCAUCCACGACAGCCUGGCCAACCGCACCUUUGUGACCUAUGACCCCAUGGAUGAAACCCAGAUUGCUGAGAUCAACUCCCAGGUUCGGCGGUACCUGGAGGGGACCCUGGAAGAGAUUGAUAUAAUCAACCUCAGGCAGAUCCAGGAGGUGUUCAACCAGUUCCGGGUGGUGCUGAGCCAACAGGAACAGGAAGUGGAGUCCAAUUUGCGCAGGAAGUACACACUCAUAGACAAGAAUGACUUUGCAGCCAUCUCGGUGGUGCAGAAGGCAGGGCUCGUGGAUUCUGACGGGCAUAUGGUGGGCGAGCCCGAUGGACAGAGCUUUGGCUUGGGAAUCGCCCCUUACUCUAUCAAACCCGGGAAGAAAUCCAAAUCCAAAAAGGCCUUCAAAGAGCUGCCCAGCCCCUCUUCCAGAAAGGAAGGUGCCAGCAGCCCUGGGAGUCCCAGGGACAUGGAGACAGUUUCCCUCUCCAGGACCCAGCUGGUCACCUCUACCAAGGAUGGGGACAUCAAAGACAUGCUCCUACGUGACCGGGAAGCCUCCAGCACCGAGCCCCUCCCCUUGGACUCCCCCAAGGAGGACUCUCGCUUAAUCAGGCCCAGCACCCCGCCCUCCAAGCCCAUAGCCUUCGAGGAGUUUAAGAACGAGCGAGGUAGUGAGAUCAACCGCAUCUUCAAAGAGAACAAAGCCAUCCUGAAUGAGCGGAGCAAAAGGGCCAGCGAGACCACACAGCGUAUCAAUGCCAUCAAGCAAGAGAUUGACGUGACCAAGGAAGCACUAGAUUUCCAGAAGUCACUACGAGAGAAGCAAGGUGACUAUGAGAACAAGGGGCUGAUGAUCAUCAAUGAGGAGGAAUUCCUGCUGAUUCUGAAGCUCAAAGACCUCAAGAAGCAGUACCGCAACGAGUACCAGGAACUGCGCGACCUCAGGGCUGAGAUCCAGUACUGCCAGCAUCUGGUGGAUCAGAGUCGCCACCGCCUGCUCACAGAAUUUGACAUCUGGUACAACGAGUCCUUCAUCAUCCCUGAGGAAUUGCAGGUGCCCCUGAAGCAGCACGGCAGCAUCCGGCCAGGCAUGGUGCCUAUCAACAGGAUCAUGUCUCUGGGAGAAGAUGACCAGGACAGAUUCAUCCAGCUGCAGCAGACAGUGCUGCCCGAGGGCCCUGACUCCAUCUUCUUCUACAAUGCCAAAGUCAAGAUCGAGCAGAAGAACAAUUACUUGAAAACCACCAUGGGCCUGCAGAGGAAAUAGUGUCAAGACCCCCAGCAAGCCCAACCUGCUCUAGUGGAGCUGCUGAAUCAUCUGCCCAGAGCUCCAGCCACCUUGCCCAAGGCCAGAACCUAGCUGAGCGAAUUCACACCAGCCUGCCUGCUUGCCUGCCUGCCUGGAGCACCCUCCACAGCUAGACAUCCCUGCUCACCUCGACAGAUCACUGUGGGUCUCCUGCUCUGCCUUACAUGCAGAGACAAGAUAGAGCAACUUGCCAGUUUGGACUUAUAGUGCUUAUCCAAGGGAAUGGUUUCCUCUUCCAUCUGGGAGGACAUGUCCUCUGUGGACAUUGGGGGGUCAAAGCUGGGUUGUGAGGAGCACAGUAAAAACGUGGCCUCGCCACGCUCCUCCAAAGA